CCCCUAAACAUCCACACUAAGUUUGUAGCAAAAACAGGCGCCAAAUUGCGUGAUUUUUAUAAAAAGAAAUUGUAAAAACAUAAAUGAUGCAGGCCAAAGCAACAGACAGUCGGCAGGAGCCAAGGCUCCACAUGGAUACCAAUGCGCGUCGCAAUUUCAUUAAGUUCCAUGCCAGGCUUGGCGAGAAACCUUGCACCACAGUGCGAUUCUUCGACCAUUCCGACUGCUACACGGUCCAUGGCAGCGAUGACUGCGAGCUGGUGGCCAAGAUUGUGUACAAAUCGACGGCGUUCAUUGGUGUCCUGUUGCCGGACGAUAAGAAGGAAACACUCCAGUUCGUGUCCAUGUCCAAGGGCAAUUUUGAGGUGGCGGUGCGUGAGCUGCUUCUGGUGCGAAAUCUGCGCGUCGAAGUCUACGUGAAAAGGUCUAGCGACUGGGAGCUGGAGUACCGCGGCUCGCCCGGCAACCUGUUGCAGUUCGAGGACAUACUGUUUGCCAACAAGGAGGUUUUGGUGGGCAAUAGUAUCAUCUCGUUGCUCGUGAAGCUAGAGGGCGGUGCACAGCGACGCGUAGGCGUGGCCAGCGUGGAGCAGAAUGAUUGCAAGUUCCAGUUGCUAGAGUUCCUGGACGAUGACUUCUUCACGGAGCUAGAGGCCACUGUAGUGCUGCUGGGCCCAAAGGAGUGUUUGCUGCCCAGCUUGGAGGGUGAAUACGCAGCUGUGAAGACUCUAUUGGAGCGGAGUGGCGUCAUGAUCACAGUGCCUAAGAAAAGCAGCGCUAACGAUCUGUUGCAGGACUUGAACCGUCUUUUGCGCUUUGCCAAGGGACAGCAGGAGGACGCCUCGGGGCUGAAGGAACUUCAGUUGCAGUUGGCUUCGGAUGCUCUUAAGACUGCCAUCAAGUACUUGGAUCUGGUCAACGAUGCCGGAAACCUGGGGCAUUACGAAAUCAAAAAACUCGAUCUUAAUCGAUUCGUCCACUUGGACUCUGCUGCCGUGGCCGCGCUGAACAUUAUGCCCAAGCCGGGCACACAUCCAUCCAUGCCCUCAUAUCGCUGGCAGAGCAUUAUGGGCGUACUCGAUCACUGUCGCACUCCUCAAGGUCACCGCUUAAUGGGCCAGUGGGUGAAGCAGCCGCUGCGCAACCGGGAUAUCCUCAACGAUCGCCACAACAUUGUCGCAUGUCUGCUGGAAUCACCGGAUACAUUGGAGACGCUCAGUCUCGACUAUCUGAAGCGAAUUCCGGACAUACUCAUGCUGACCAAGAAGCUGAUGCGACGCAAGGCGACGCUUCAGGAUCUGUUCCGCAUCUACCAGGUUAUUCUGCGAACGCCAAAGAUUUUGAAACUCUUGCUCGAACUGGAAAACAGCACCAUAGAGAGCAUGAUCUGUGCGCCAUUUAAGAGCUUCCUGGAGGACCUUACUGGUCUCAAGCAGAUGGUUGAACAGGUGGUCGAUUUUGAAGCCAUCGAUAGGGGAGAGUAUCUGGUAAAGGCUUCGUUUGAUAAUCGACUGAUGGAGCUGCAGCAGACGAUGACGGACCUGUACGCCAAAAUGGGGCGCCUGCAGACCAAGUGCAGUGAGGAGCUGGAUCUGGAUGGCAAGCAGCAGGUGAAGCUGGAAAACGUGGCUAAGCUGGGCCACCAUUUUCGCAUCACCUUGAAGGAUGAUUCCGUGCUGCGCAAAAACAAGAACUAUCGCAUUGUGGAUGUCAUCAAGGGCGGCGUGCGCUUCACCUCUGAUAAGUUGGAGGGGUAUGCCGAGGAAUUUGCCAGCUGUCGGAGUCGGUACGAAGAACAGCAGCUGUCCAUUGUGGAGGAGAUCAUUCAGGUGGCCGUUGGAUAUGCGGCUCCACUUACAUCGCUCAAUAAUGAGCUUGCUCAACUGGACUGUUUGGUGAGCUUUGCCAUCGCCGCACGCAGUGCACCCACACCUUAUGUGCGACCAAAGAUGUUAGAUGAGGGUGCGGGUGAGUUGGUUCUCCAGGACGUACGUCAUCCCUGCUUGGAGCUGCAAGAGCACGUCAGCUUUAUAGCAAACAGUGUGGACUUUCAAAAGGACAAGUGCAACAUGUUCAUCAUAACGGGUCCGAACAUGGGCGGCAAGAGCACAUACAUUCGUUCGGUGGGAACUGCUGUCCUAAUGGCCCACGUCGGUGCUUUUGUGCCCUGCAGUAUGGCCUCCAUAAGCAUGGUGGACUCGAUACUCGGCCGAGUGGGAGCCAGCGAUAAUAUUAUCAAGGGUCUCAGCACGUUCAUGGUUGAGAUGAUUGAAACAUCUGGGAUAAUUAGGACUGCCACAGAUAAAUCCUUGGUGAUUAUCGAUGAAUUGGGCCGUGGAACUUCCACCUAUGAGGGUUGUGGCAUUGCCUGGUCCAUUGCCGAGCAUUUGGCCAAGGAGACCAAGUGCUUUACUUUGUUUGCCACCCAUUUCCAUGAGAUAACAAAGCUCGCAGAGUCGCUGGCCACAGUUAAGAACUGCCAUAUGGCCGCAGUCGCAGAUUCAGAUAACUUCACACUGCUCUAUCAGGUGCGUCCAGGCGUCAUGGAAAAGAGCUUUGGCAUUCAGGUGGCGCGAUUAGCCAGCUUUCCCGACCAUGUGGUCCAAAACGCCCAGGAGGUGUACAACGAGUUCGAAGACGAGCAUGUGGACAAGCAGAAAAAGGAGGACAAAGCUCUCCUGGAGAAGAUUCAAGUGGCUAUUGAACAGCUAUCGACAGCAGGCAACAAUACGGAUAUAAACGUGGAGGACUUGACCCAACUGGUCACACAGUUUACGAAAGACAUCAAGAAACUUGAUAGUGAUUACUUUAAAUCUGUGCUGGCUACCAGCGAGGCAUAAAUUGGAAUGCGAAUAUUUUUCCGUUUAUCAACCAGUAUUACGUCAGGAGGCAAGUACGAUAUAUUUCAGUGGUUAUAUUUGUUCAAAUGAAAUCACUUUUUUUUUUUAAUUCUGUUUUUUUCCUUUGCAUUAUAAUCGUGUACUGUAAUAUUUAUGAAAUGUGAAGUGUAACGUUAAAAUCAA